CUAGCUAAUGGAAUGAUUUAGCAGUAUAGCUCUGGCAGUGAAUGAAUUAAGUUCCUAACAAGCAAAAUGUUGAAAGUGCGCAGCGGUCUAUCUAUAAUUCAGGCGCAAAAAGCAGCCCUCUCUGUCAGCAGUCCGCUGCGUUGGCAGACCACAGCAGCUGUAGCAGAGCCCAGAAAUGAUGCUAGUACAUUUUUUCUGUCUACUGUUUGGAAUUUUAUGCCUGGAGGAAAAUAUAGCAAACUGGACAUUGUGAAAUUGUUCAAAGCUUUGCAAGACGACUAUGGAAACAUAUUAUAUUUACCAGGUAUGAUGGGAGGUACGUCAUACCUGAUGACUCACAAUCCCAAGGACUUCGAGGUCGUGUUCCGGAACGAAGGAGUGUGGCCGCAUCGGCCUGGCAGCGAUACUCUUCGCUAUCAUCGGAAGACUCAUAGAAAGGAUUUCUUCCAGGGAGUGGAGGGAACUUUACCCACACAAGGAAAAACCUGGAGCGACUUUCGAUCGGCUGUAAAUCCUAUCCUAAUGCAGCCGAAGAACGUGCGGCUUUACUAUAAGAAGAUGUCCCAAGUGAACCAGGAGUUUGUGCAACGUAUUAAAGCACUCCGUGAUAUCGAUACCCAGGAAGCUCCAGAUGAUUUCUUAAGCGUUAUAAAUCGGUGGACUCUCGAGUCAGUCUCUGUGGUGGCUCUGGACAAGCAGUUGGGACUGCUCAAAGAGUCGGGCGAUAACGACCAGGCUGUGUUACUUUUCAAGUACCUGGACGAUUUUUUUGAAUUAACAGCCGAUCUGGAGAUGAAGCCCUCCAUCUGGCGUUACGUUAAAACACCCAAGCUAAUAAAGCUAAUGAAGUCCCUAGAUGGCGUUCAAGAAAUAACUUCAGCGUAUGUAGACGAAGCUAUAGAGCGUCUAGAGAAAGAGGCCAAGGAGGGUGUUGUCCGCCCUGAGAGCGAGCAGAGUGUACUGGAAAAGCUGCUCAAGAUCGACAAAAAGGUGGCGACGGUUAUGGCCAUGGACAUGCUAAUGGCCGGAGUGGAUACCACCUCAAGUACCUUUACAGCGGCCUUGCUGUGCCUUGCCAAGAAUCCGGAGAAGCAGGCCGUACUCCGAGAAGAGGUGAUGAAGGUUCUACCCGAGAAGGACUCCGAAUUCACUGAGGCAUCGAUGAAGAACGUUCCCUAUCUACGUGCCUGCAUCAAAGAGUCACAACGGAUCUAUCCUUUGGUCAUCGGCAAUGGCCGAUUUCUCAAUCGGGACAGCGUUUUGAGCGGAUACCAAGUGCCAGCUGGUACCUGUUUGUCGAUGGUUCCCCUGAGCUUGCUAUCAAGCGAGGAGCACUUCCCCAAGGCUGCUGAGUUCCUGCCAGAACGUUGGAUUCGUAACGCCACAGACUCCAACGGGCAAUGCCCGGAAAAUGACUUGAAGCUGAAGAAUCCGUUUGUGUUCUUGCCCUUCGGAUUUGGACCCCGGAUGUGCGUUGGAAAGCGCAUCGUGGACAUGGAGCUCGAGCUGGGCAUCGCUCGACUCAUUCGGAACUUUAGCAUCGAGUUCAAUCAUCCCACGGAGAACGCUUUCCGCUCCUCCCUGAUCAAUUUGCCCAACAGUAAACACAUUUCACAUCCUAAAUUAUCUUUACAACUGGAAAACCUUGAAGGAACUUAUUUGCAAUAUAAAGUAGGUGUUUUUUUGGCCGCACGUCAAUCAGAAUCAACUUGUUUUGUGCUUUGAGGCAU